AUGGCAAACGGGGUGAGGUUGUUGGCUUUUCUGAGCCAAGCCUUCCUCGGCUACAGCCUGAAAACCAGAGCUGAUGGUGCCGAGUCGUGCUCGCCUUUGAUCAACAAGCAAUCCUAUUCCGCAUUGCGGGUUGGCGUUGGCACUCCAAAGCAGCAGUUUGAUCUUGUCGCAGACACAGGUAGCAGCAAUGUCAUUGUGACACAUUGCGAGUGCCGCGAAAAUAGUUGUUUUGGCUCUUCAGGCAGAUGCUUCAGAGGGGCAAACCGAUCCUCCACGUUUGACAUCCCAGUGGACUCAUCGGGAUAUCCCCUGACAGUUGCGAUGGAGUUUGGCAGCGGUACGAUUUAUGGAGUGGUUGGAACAGAUGUUGUGACGGUCGGCCAGUCGUCGGCCACAAUGAAUCAUAGUUUGGUUUUCAUGUAUGAUCAUGAGCUUGAUACUUCCAUAACAAACUUCGAAGGAAUUUUCGGCCUCGGCCUCCCGUACAAGCAGAAAGGCGCACAUGCUGGGGAUGAUCAGUCCUGGCUGGUUGCUGCCUCCAUUCAGCGGUUCUCCAUGUGUUUUUCCAACAUGAAGGAGGACGGCAUGCUCCGCCUGAACUCUCCCGUACAAGCGGAGAGACUGGGCAACCUUGGCAAGUUUCAUUGGGGCCUGGAUUUUCGUGGCCUGACGAUUGGCGAUGAGAAGGCGGAAGCGAUACUAUGCAAUGACAAGAAAGGCCGAAAGACGGCCUGUGGCAUGAUUCCUGACUCAGGGACCACCUUGAUUCUUGCACCGAGCCGCCACCUGUGGGAGCUAUACUCCAAGCUUUGCGACCUUUGGCCUCGCUGCAGCAAGGCCUUCGCUAAAGAUAAUUCGACCUCUGCGCAAGAGUCGGAGGAUCCAGGCAUCGGCAGCGUAAUCGGUGACUGGAUCAAGAACACGCUUGACAAGUGGGGCAUUCCGCAAAUCACCAAUCCAUUCAACCUGGAUCCGGCAACACAGCUUAAGCUGGACAAAAAGCAAAAGUUGGAGUCCUUGCUAGCAGAUUGCGCCUCGUGGGCAAAAGAUGCUGCAGACUUGGACCGGGAAAUGCCUCCAAUCUUCUGGCAUGUUGCCGGGGUGGAAGGCAAAACGCAGACAUUCAGCCUGCCAGCAAGCACCUAUGUAGUUGCAACUGGAUACAAAGAUAAUGUCAUGUGCAUGCCCUUCUUCGGCGAGAUGAACUAUGAGACGCGCGUGAACGGACCCAUUUGGAUCAUGGGAACGCCUCUCUUCUACGAGUAUGAGGUCCACUAUGACCUGAGCACUGAGCCUGCAAGCAUUUCGUUUUCCAAAACGUCAUGUGGGUCAUGUGGGCAAGAUGGAAAGGUGAUGCCUUCUGUAGACCUCUUGAGGAGAAGGAAUCAGAAACUCCGCCGACAUGAAGCUAAGGUUCGGAUGCCGAAUUUGAACACCAGCCUUCCGCUCUGA